AUCUCCUCAUUCCCUAUAUAUACUACCCAAAUCACAUUCCCAAUUCCCUGUUUCUCAUAUCAACUUGUUGUAGCAAAACAAAACCCAAUUGCUUUCUGGCACUUUCUCGUGUUUCAGUUUGGUCUUAACCUUAACCCAUACACACACUUUGUUGUUAUGUUUGUAUGUAUUGUUUGAUUCUUGUUAGCUUCUUUUCACAGCUCCUUUGAAUCUGCAUCUGGUUCAGAUUCUGGUUCCUUAUUCUUUUCUUAGUUCUAACUUAGUUAUAUUACACCAUUAUUCUUUUCUUAGCUUAGUACUUCUGUUAUCACAGAUAUAAAUACUGUUGUAUUGUUCCUUACACUUUUAGUUCUUAAGGGCCUUGUUGAUUAGUAAACAUGAUCAAUAUCUCAUUAGGUUUGGCUUCUGAUGAGAACAGAGAAAUCUACAAUUUUGAGAACAGGGUGGUUCAGAGCCAUGGUUUUGAGCAUGAUUCUGAGCCUGAGACUGACCAUGAGGAUCAGGAGUCUUCGGUUUCGGAUUGCGAAAGCAUGGUGGUUGGGGGGAGUACUAAGAGUGAGUUUGAGUCAUCUGGGGAGAAAUUGGUGAGCUUGAAUGAGGAGGAUAAGCUGUACAAGACUAUUGCAGAGAGGCUUCUGGUGGGCUUGAGAGAUCUUGGUUUGGAUGCUCAAGUUGAGAGUGUUUGCAGGAAUUUUUUUGCUGGUUUUACUUUUCAAGCUAGGUUUCAGGCGUUUAGAGUGUUUCAGAAGGCUUUGGAGAGGAAGAAUGGGGGUGCAAAUGUUAAGUAUGCUUGGUAUGGUGGGAGAAAAGAUGAGAUUAUUAAGAUUCUUGCUCAUGGGUUUGGUCAUUGUAGACAAGGAGAUGGAACUGAGGGUUCUUAUGGGACUGGUGUUUAUCUGUCUCCUUUUUGUGCUCCUGUUGAAAGUGUGCAAGCUGCAGUGGAAGAUGAUGAUGGAUUGAGGUAUCUUCUGCUUUGUCGAGUUUUAUUGGGGAGGGUUGAACUUGUUCGCCCUGGUUCGCAACAAUAUCAUCCAAGCUCCAGUGAGUUCGAUUCUGGAGUUGACAGCUUGGAAUGUCCUAAGAAAAUUAUAGUUUGGGCUAAUCAGAUGAAUACCCACAUUAUGCCGGAAUUUUUAGUCACUUUCACAGCUCAACCUUGCUCAAAAGGUCACCAGAGGACUCAGAUUCGAAAACCGACUUCACCUUGGAUGCCGUUUCCAAGUCUGAUUUCGACUCUGGCUAAGGUUUUGCCACCUGAUGCAACCAAUUUGAUUAUGAAGUAUCACCGCGAUAAUAGAGAUAAUAAGAUCUCACGGCAGGAGUUAAUACAGCGAGUUAGACAAAUUGCAGGGGAUAAUUUGUUGGCAACAGUCAUUAGAUCUUUCAGAAACAAGUAUUACGAAGCAUCAACUGUAAAUACACCGAGCAAGCUCCAGCAGCAGCGGAAGGGGAGAGUCUCUGCUUGCCGAGUGAAGAAUUGAAGCUGGUAUCUGCAGAAGGCAGGGCAUUUGAACCAACAUGUUCCUGACUAUAAAGAAUCAAAACAAUCAUACAAGGAAGCUAGAUAGAUGAUGAUGAUACCAGAAUUUUGACAGCAGAGUUUAGUAGAAUGAGCUAAUGAUCCUCUCUUUUAUCAAGUUCUAAAACGUUUGUCUUGUAAUAAAGUGGAAAAUCUAGUUUGUUGCAAGGUGUACUUGGUCAGUUACUAAUUUGUGUUUCAAUCUGUUGACCUUACUAAUCAAAAAUUAUUCAUCUUACGUGCUA